AUGACGGUGACUUACGGCCUGGCGUCAUCUCCGUUUCACGCGACGAUGGCGUUGAACCAGAUUGCGGAGGAUGGCGAGAAGGAGUUCCCGUUGGCCUCGGCGGCACUGAAGAAAUCGUUCUACGUGGACGACGGACUUUGCGGAGCGCAGAGUGUAGAAGAAGCCCGACUGCUGUGUCGAGACUUGCGCAAGCUGCUGAACACCGGCGGCCUUGACGCGCACAAAUGGUGCGCGAACGAUCCAGCGAUUCUCGAAGAAGUUCCGGAAGACGCUGGGUGUGAAACGAAGCCGCUGACGCGGCAGAAAGUACUCAGCGAAAUUGCCAAAUUCUUUGAUCCACUUGGCCUGUUGGUGGUGACAACUGCGAAGCUGAUCUUGCGGAAGGUCGGCACGUUGAAGAACAUCGGCUGGCUGGACCCGGUCCCGGAGAGUGUGGCCAACGAGUGGCGUCGAUUCCGGAAGCAGCUGCCUGCACUGAAUGACUUUCGGGUUUCCCGGUGCGUCUACGAUGAAGGGGCAGAACGCGUGGAACUCCACGGUUAUUCCGACGCGUCGGACGAUGCGUAUGGCGCCAGCGUGUACGCACGCAACAUCUACCCGGACGGCGAGAUCACGAUGCGGUUAAUUUGCAGCAAGUCCAAGCUCCUCCCAAAGAAGGUCAAGAACGUCCCGAAAGAACUCAGCACCCCAAAAGGCGAACUUGAGGACCACAGGAGCUCGGCCGCUGAACUGGUUGACAAGCUGGUAAACGUUGUCGAUGUUUGCUUCGAUUCGGUAAACUUGUGGUGCGACUCGCAAGUGGUGCUGAGCUGGAUCGCGAAGAAGCCCGAUGACCUGGAACUUUUUAUGGCCAACAGGGUAAGGAAAAUCCAGCAGCUGACCAGUAAGUACCGAUGGGGAUACAUCCCGACGGAUGACAAUCCUGCCGACCUGAUUUCGAGAGGGGUGAUGCCCAAAAACUCGGGUCAUUUGGAAUGA